AUGACUAAAUCCUACACGGAACAGACCAUGAUGUCAUCAGAACCCCAGGAUUCUGCGACCUGGACUGACGAAUGUCAGCGCUCCCAGAACGAACAGGAUAUGGAGAAGAAUAACGACGCGCUUGAGUCCAUGCACGGGGGCCUCGAGGAUGACGACGAAGAUGGGUUAAACAGACUGGAUGAGGAUGAUGAUGAGGAGGAAGAGGAAGAGGAGGAAGAGGAAGGCGACGAUCAAAAGCCUAAACGUCGUGGACCAAAAAAGAAGAAAAUGACAAAAGCCAGAAUGCAGAGGUUUAAGAUGAGGCGCCACAAGGCGAACGCGCGGGAAAGGAAUCGUAUGCACGGACUCAACGACGCGCUGGAGAGUUUGCGUAAAGUUGUACCAUGUUACUCCAAAACCCAAAAGCUCUCAAAAAUCGAGACUCUGCGACUGGCUAAAAACUACAUCUGGGCCCUGUCAGAGAUCCUGCGGUCAGGGAAGAGCCCAGACGUCAUAUCAUUUGUCCAGGCCUUGUGUAGGGGCUUGUCUCAGCCCACUACUAACCUAGUGGCAGGCUGUCUCCAGCUCAACCCCAGAACUUUCCUCCCGGAGCAGACACAGGAGAUACCAUCUCAUAUGCAACCAGCAAGUGCUUCCUUCGCCGCGCAUCCAUACUCCUACCAGACUCCGGGUCUUCCCAGCCCUCCAUAUGGUACAAUGGACAGCUCCCACGUCUUCCACGUCAAGCCCCAUUCAUACGGAAGCGCGCUGGAGCCAUUCUUUGAGACCGCGCUGCCGCUUACAGACUGCACUAGUCCAUCAUUCGACGGACCCUUAAGCCCACCACUGAGUGUCAACGGGAACUUUUCCUUCAAACACGAGCCUUCGUCAGAGUUCGAAAAGAACUACGCCUUUACCAUGCACUACCAGGCUGCUGCGGGACUGGCAGGUUCACAGGGACACGCGCCCCUUUACCCGAGCUCUGCGCCGCGGUGUGAGAUACCGAUGGAAAACAUUAUGUCGUACGAAGGACACACUCAUCACGAGAGAGUCAUGAAUGCUCAGCUUAACGCUAUAUUUCAUGAAUCGUAA